UUCCCCAAAAGAUUACACUGCUCGACAGAACGCUGCGUUUUUAAUUAGGACCCUACUCCGUCGUCCGGUUCUUGGUAACCAAAGAACACCGGGAAACUCUCUCCAGAUAGUUGGAAGAAAAGAAAAUUGAAAGGAAGAUGCUAAAAAAGAAGAAUUUCCGUAAGAGAACUAUCGAGGAAGCAGACGACCAGAACAACGACGACAACAACAACAACAACAACAAAGCCGCAUCCGAUGACGAAGAAGAGAGGAGAUUGGCAUUGGAGGAAGUCAAAUUCCUGCAGAAACAGAGGGAAAGAAAGUCAGGAAUCCCUGCAAUUCCAUCGGUGCAAAUUGGGAAUUUAGUAUCCAAAAAAGUGACUGAAAAGAACGAUGGAGAUGGAGAGAAGGAAGAGCUCGUUCUUCAAGAUACUUUUGCUCAAGAAACAGCAGUCAUGGUUGAAGAUCCCAACAUGUUGAAGUAUGUUGAACAAGAAUUGGCAAAGAAAAGGGGGAAGAACAUUGAUGAAACAAAUCAAGUUGAAAAUGACUUAAAACGUGCUGAAGAUGAAUUAUACAAAAUUCCUGAACAUCUUAAGGUGAAAAGGAGAAACUCAGAAGAAAGCUCUACUCAGUGGACUACUGGCAUUGCAGAGGUUCAACUGCCCAUUGAGUACAAACUGAGAAAUAUUGAGGAAACAGAGGCUGCCAAGAAACUUUUACAGGAGAAACGGCUAAUGGGUCAGGCAAAAUCAGAGUUUAGCAUCCCAUCAAGUUACAGUGCAGAUUAUUUCCAACGUGGCAGGGAUUAUGCUGAGAAACUUCGAAGAGAACAUCCUGAGCUAUACAAGGACAGAAGUUCACAAGAUGAUGGUGCUGGAGCAAAGCCAGCUGAAAAUAACGCUGAUGCAACCCGUAGAGAAGCUGCAACAGAUGAGUUCAUGCUAGAGCGUUUCCGAAAGCGAGAACGGCAUCGGGUCAUGCGGAGAUGACCUGCACUCUGUCAAGCAUGAUUUUCAUGGUAGUUUAUCAAGCUUUGUGGUGCGCUAGAGUGUAUUAGUUUGUAAAAACAAGUACUGUAGCCAUAGCGACCAUUCUUGUGAUUCAAUUUACCUGCAAUUUUUAAUGGAUGUUUUGUGUUUGUCUGCUCAAAUGUUACAGCUCUGAGCAUGCCAGCUCAAUAAUAAAAGAAAGCUGUCCAUGGAUCGUGUACAAUCCCAGCUUAUUUCUGGGAAAUCAUUUUGAAUGCAGGUUGUGACAUGUCUUAAGGGUUUAUGGUUUAUUUUGUUGGACUAAAA